UUUACUUGAACGCACCAUGACACUGGCAGCUAGCCUAGCUGGGCUAACUUGGCUAAUCUGAUUUAUCGUCUCAGUUAAGCGCACGAAACGUUAGCCAGGAUUACCAAUUGUAGUUUUCUAUAUUUUGCUUUUAGUGGAAUAUCUGUCCACGCCAACAUAAAUCCCAUUUCGAAAAUGGCAUCACUUGGAGAGCCUGUUCGACUGGAAAGAGACAUCAACCGUGCUAUUGAGCUGCUGGAUAAGCUGCAGAGGACAGGAGAAGUUCCUCCUCAGAAGCUGCAGGCACUGCAGAGAGUCUUACAGAGUGAAUUCUGUAAUGCUGUCAGAGAGGUUUACGAACAUGUGUAUGAAACUGUGGACAUCAACAGCAGUCCUGAGGUCAGGGCCAAUGCUACAGCCAAGGCCACAGUGGCAGCUUUUGCAGCAAGUGAGGGACACUCACAUCCACGUGUUGUGGAGCUGCCCAAGACGGAAGAAGGCCUGGGUUUCAAUAUCAUGGGUGGAAAGGAGCAAAACUCUCCUAUUUACAUCUCACGGAUCAUCCCAGGAGGCAUCGCUGACCGGCAUGGAGGUCUGAAAAGAGGAGACCAGCUGCUCUCUGUUAACGGGGUGAGCGUGGAAGGGGAGCACCACGAGAAAGCUGUGGAACUCCUCAAAGCAGCUCAGGGCACAGUAAAGCUGGUAGUAAGGUACACCCCCAAAGUCCUAGAGGAGAUGGAGUCACGCUUUGAGAAAAUGAGGUCGGCAAAGCGCCGGCAACAGAACAACUAUCCUCAGUAGGAUUUCGUUUUUUCUUUUUUUCCCUUGUUUUUUUUUAUGUCAGUUCCCAGCUCCCUCCUCUAUCGGGCCAUCUGUUCUGGUCUCUUUCUUAUCUCCCUGCCCCGUCCUAAAAAACAAAAUUAAAAAAAAGGACCAAUUGUAGUUCUUGAUCCUACUUAAACAUACUGUAUAUUGUGCUGUUAACCUGUUCUGUAGCAUUUUUAAUAUUCACCAUUGUUACUGUAACAGACACUAAACUCUAGAUUAACACUAGAAGGAUUAUGAUUGUCAAUGUGAGUCUCACCUUGUGCAUUACUUUUGAAUUGACAAUUUGAAUGCAACUUUGAGUACUUUUGUGACAAAAUGUAUGACUCCUAUGACAAGAAAGGUAGUGUAUUUAUUAGUUUUAUCACAUCCACUACCAAGUGCCUCAGGGCAAACUCAUUGAUCUUAUGUACUGUGUCAACUGACCUUAUUUUAUUUUUAUGGUUUAAAGUUGCUUACUGAUUAUUAAAUGCUUCUAUCAGGAAUAACUCAAUGCUCUGCAUCUGUUAGUCUCAGUGUUUUGUUUUUAGAUUUAGAUCUAUGAAAUUGAUAGGUAAAUCUCUUUAAAUGUGCAAGCUUCAAAAGGUGCAGUCCGUUUUUUACCACGACAGACGUGUAAAUUAGGAGUUUUUGGAAGAUUUGAGGACAGUUUAAACAAAUCAGAAAGGGACAAGAUGCCCAAAAAUAUGCAAAACUACUUUAAGGUCACUUCAAAACUGGAAUUGAGUUAAUUCCAUGGGUCUUCUCUUGGUUUAGGCUCUUUAUUUUGAGCUUUACAUCCUGCUAUGCUGCAGAAAACCCUGCAGAGGAUGUAAAUAAUGGAAAAAGCAGGAAUAAAACCUAUCCCACCACAGAGAUUCACAUUGCUUAAAGUUUCAUUUAGAAGUGUACACUCAUUCAUCGUAAACUUGAUUACGAUCAUGAUUAUUUUCAAUUAAAGAUAAAAAGUUUGAAAUUUGAAAUUUAAUUUUUGGGUUUCUGAAAUCAAGUCAGAAUUUUAAAAAAUCACCAUGCAAAUCAAACACUUUGAAAAAAAAAAAACUUCUGGUAUGACUUCUUUGCACAUACUAGGACUUUAUAGAACAGGUGUCUAAUGGUUAUGCCGUAAAUUCUUUGCCUUUGCAUGGCUUUUGUGUGUAUUUUACCAUCUUUUAACUGACAGGCAAUGACCACACAGGUGCUACAGUGAUUGAAAUAGCCGUCUACCUGUGAAAUGCUCCGUCUAAAGAACUUAAAUAAGCCAACACACUUGAGGGAUUUUGAGCAAUAAUUUAAACCCGAUCUUUAUGUCACAGUUGUUCCUCUUGUCAUGCUUACAAACGUAUUUUUCACCAUUAAACUACAAAAAUCAAGUGUUUUUAUGUAAUUUACUAAUUGCAUGGCAUGUUGUAAUGAAAAGAAAAAACAAACAUGAUCAUUUUUUUCUGAUUGCUGCCAAACAAACCAGUUUAUUUUCACAUGCAUUUGAAAAGGGGAUCAUGUCAAAGCAGUUACAAAGCUUCCCACAUUUUCAUGGCCACACUAAAUAUUCUAUAUUUCUAAAGAGCUUGCAUGUCUGGCUGUCCAAAUAAAAAUACACAAAAUAUACAGAAUUACCUGACUAAGAAGCUUUCAUUUGGUUCGUAGGCAUACAUACAAGGGUGCAAGUUUACUUUGUCCAAAUGACCAUGUAUUUGAAGACUUCUGUGGUUGACUGGUGAAGGGGGUUGUCUGAUUAUUAAAUGUAUUUUGUUAGAACCUUGAUCAUCUAAAUGUUUGACUUUGAUCUCCAAAUUUUAAAAAGUAUUUUUGAGACUUUUAUUUAUUUUUUUGGUUUGUUUUCCAGAUGUGUAAUAUUUUGUGUGUGUAGCAUGCUGUAAAUGUAAGGCACACUAAGCCAUACUAAUGUUUGGUCUCAGAUCAGCUCCAGAACUAAAUCUAGAGGAAGGAGAAAUCAGAUGAUGGCUGUCUCUUACGUCUCUUUUUUCCUCUGAUCUUAAGUCGUUCUUCAGAGGUGAGUCCCAAGAAGCACUUUCAGGUUUUGUCACGAGUAGUGGUCCUGUUAAAUGUCCCACAGCUCUUGCACGUGUACUAGACGGGUCCAACAGCCUUCUUAAACACAGGAUCCUUAUUUUUGCCGCUGAAUGUGCAUCCUUCAUACACCCUCUCUUUACGUACUCAGGAAGGGCGACAGCUUCUGACACCAGCUGUCUCAGUGGGUUGUUCAAAGAUUAUUCUAAAGCAUUCAAGUGUUGGAUUAAAAAGGAAAGAGAAAUGUCUGUCAAAUGUUGCUAGGGUUGAGCAAGAGUGUUUAUCCGAAAUCAUGUUUACUUCUUUAUAUCCCCUGUUAUUGGAUGUAAAUUAGAUGCUUUCAGUGGUUUCCAUCUCCUUUAUGCAUCGAUCAAAAGCCAGCAUGCACAUACACUCCAGUCAGAUUGACAUUGAAGACUACUAUCCUACAAGUCUGUGGAAUGUUUGACCUUUUGGGGGUUUUUUUAGGUGUGUGUCACCUUACGGUACAUGAGGACCAUGAGGCUCGCUUCCAUGUAGUGGGGGUGCAAGAAACUGCUGAAGUGUGAGAAAAAAUCUAAAAUGAAACACAGAACCUUGAUGCAAAACAAUUAUCUAUGCAAAGUGAUCCACGAACUUUAAAAAAAAUCACCUGUUUUGGUACAACACACUUGGCAUUUUUCUGAUGAAUGUUAAUGAUGAGGAUGAUGACAAAUCGGCCUGAACAAAUUUUGGGCCCCACCACACUCUGAUAAAAAAACAAAACUAGUCAUUUUCAGAGUUUAUAACCAGAUAGUCUCGUGCUGGUCGGCAUCAAGGAGGCGCAAAAAAAAAAAUCUAUCCGUGAUAUUUAGCUGGCAAUCUAAUGAUCAAAAAAAGAACAGGCAGCCACAUGUUGUGUUGUGGCUUUUCAAGUAAACAUAGAUAAGCUGCAUGUAACCAUUAUUAAUGUUUUGGAGAGUAUUUGUAAGAUCGGUCUUUCCUGUUGCAUCUUAAAAUGCAGGUGGAUGUAUGUAAUAUUUGACUGUACAGCCAAAUAAUGCAUUUGGGACGGUAUAAAAACAAAUGAUCGACACUUGAAUAUGCUCAUACCCACGUAGAUAUUUAGGGUUUGCUUUUAGAUUAUUUAUUCAGAAUUCACACACAUGAAUGUUUUACUGUAUCCAUACUGCUAAUGCUAAAUGUCAUUUUCUGUCAUCAAACAUGCUCAUUCUAAGAGAUCAUUCUAUGGGCCACAUGAGGCAAAGAGAUGGCCGGGUGUACAUAUAAGUCUCGAAAACAUGGAAAAUAUGUCCCUUGUUUUUUUCCAACAGCAGCUUACUCCAUUCACUCCUCAAAUAUUUAUAUAUCGCAAAUGAGAAACAAAAUGUAAUGAGAUCUGGUGUUAAAAUUGCACAGUCACAACUCUCUCUGAAUGUCACUGAUAUCUGUCUAAUUUAGGAAGCUCCCUGCAACUUUUUAUCCAUUUUCUGGUCUGUACAUCAGAAAAGUCAAUAGAAUAAUUUUUAUAAUGGUUUUCUUUUGAUAUUUUUCUCAAUUUUUAUAAGUAAUUUUCCUAAAAUAAGAUAUCAGGAAUGGUAGGUACUUCUAUUUUGACUGUGUAUGACCAGGGCCACAUCAGCUCACCUUUUCUGGAAAGCAGUGCUGAUUGGAGGAUCAACCCUCCAGAUCAGCUUUGCUUCUCUGGGCUCUGAACUGAUUGUUCUUUUCUUUAUAGGACCAAUACCAAACGUGCAACAUUUGUUAAAACUUUUUAUAAUGUUUUGAGAUGUCUUAGUGGUUAUCUGGUAGUGAUGCCUGUAGAUGUUGUGUUAUCUUGUGCUGUUUCCUUGUUAUCUAAUUUGUUGUGUUGCAUUGAUGUAGGAUGUAAAAUGUGAUGUAGAACAUAACAUCAGCUGGACUAGAAGCCCAAUAAAUCAUGCUUACAUCUAU